AUGGCUGACACAUCUGAGACCAAUUUCAAAGCCAAAGGGUGGUGGUGGAGGUGGUGGUGUGGCGGUGUCGGUUGUGGCCCAUGGGAAAAAGACCAGUGCCAAAGCCAAGGUGAAGAAAUAUUUUUUGAAGAGUGGUAUUCGGAGGUUGUUGUUCAAAGUGAGAUGAUUGAAUACCAUGACAUCUCUGGAUGUUAUAUUUUGAGGCCAUGGACAAUGGCAAUAUGGGAGACCAUGCAAGCAUUCUUUGAUGCAGAAAUAAAGAAAAUGCAGGUCAAAAAUUGCUACUUCCCUUUGUUCGCCUCCCUAACUGUUCUAGACAAAGACAAGGAUCAUAUAGAGGAAUCAGAGGUUGCUUGGGUCACAAAGUCCGGAGAAUCUAAAUUGCAAGUGCCUAUUGCAAUCCGUCCAAGGAGUGAGACUAUCAUGUAUCCCUCUUACUCAAAGUGGAUUAGAGGACACCGUGACUUGCCAUUGAAGUUAAAUCAGUGGUGCAAUGUUGUUCGAUCAGAGUCUAACAAUUCCACCCCAUUAAUCAGAAGUUUAGAGUUCCUUUGGCAAGAAGGCGCAACGGCUUUUGCAACAAAGGAAGAGGCAGAUAAAGAGGUCCUUGAGAUAUUGGAACUUUACAGAAGGAUAUAUGAGGAGUAUCUUGCAGUUCCAGUUUUGAAGGGAACAAAGAGUGAGGGUGAGAAAUUUGCUGGUGCUGUUUACACCACAUGUGUGGAGGCUUUCGUUCCAAAUACUGGCCGCGGUGUAACAGGAGCGGCUGCACAUUGUCUUGGUCAAAACUAUGCUGAAAUGCUCGACAUUACUUAUGAAAAUGAAAAGGGAGAAACAGCAAUGGUUUGGCAGAACUGUUGGUCUUAUAGUACUCGAACGAUUGGAGUGAUGGUAAUGGUGCAUGGAGAUGCCAAAGGCUUGGUACUGCCACCAAAGGUAGCAUCUAUCCAGGCCAUUGUGAUUCCAAGGCCUUCCAAGGACGCUGAUGCACAAGCUAUAUUUGAUGCCUGCUUGAAACCUGUGGAGGAGUUGAGCGAAGCAGGACUUCGUGUGGAGGCUGAUUUGAGGGACUACUACUCACCUGAGUGGAAGCAUUCACACUGGGAACUGAAAGGUGUUCCUCUAAGGAUUGAAAUUAGACCAGAGGAUUUGAAAAAGAAACAAGUACAUUGUGUACGGCGUGACAGUUCUGCGAAAGUGAAUAUUCCUAUGGUCGAUAUGGCAAAGGAAGUGAAAGACAUGCUUGAUAAAAUUCAACAAAAUCUCUUUGAUGUUGCGAAACAAAAACGAGAUGCUUCAGUGGCGGUUGCCAGAACAUGGGAUGAAUUCACAGUAGCUUUGAGUGAGAAUAGAUUGAUCCUGGCUCCUUGGUGUGAUGAACAAGCUGUAGAAGAGGACGUCAAAGCAAGAACAAACAGUGAAGCAAAGUCGCUCUGCUCGACUUUUGAACAGCCUGAACUGCCUCAAGGGACGCUUUGCUUUGCAUCCGGAAAGCCAGCAAAGAAGUUGACCUACUGGGGGAGGAGCUACUAA